CCACCCCUUUGUGCUAAAGGAUCACAUUGUUUGCUCGACAACUCGCUAUUACGUCACUGCGCUGCAUCCCUUCCACAUUAUUGGAACGAAAGCGAAGCGAUUGUUCCGAUGAGCCUCAGAAUUUCACCGUCGAUUUUCAUUACUCGUGCGCGACGAAUGAGGGAAAUGCACCAACGAUGCAUAGAAGAUGCAUACGCGGCGGCGAGCGGCGAAAGUAGUGGCGCAGGCGUGAUGCUGGAAGUCGAUAGAUGUCGAUAAGAGGCGCGCACACGUAGCAGCGGGUAGCUCGCUCGCUCGUGUCAUCCAUAACCUCCAAGUCUGUUGCUCAUUAUCGCUCGUCGCGAUCUGCAAGUUGAUCGCACGAUCGUCAUCGUUCACGCGGCGAUGUGACAUGACAUCGUGAAGAAACGUAAGCCGACACGUGCCUGAUCUGAAAAAGGCACGGAGUGGUGUUCUCUUUUCGUUCUCGACAUCUACAGGGCGACCAAGUGGAAGACGAGGAGGUAUAUGGACUGUCGAGAAAGAUUGCUCGUUCGUAUGAAAGAUGGGUCAUGGGUCGAGCCGUUCAGCUUCAUCGAAUAUCCUCUCCGCGGACGAGUUGACGUUAGUGGAGAACCUGUUUAAGUCUAUGUCCCGCAGCUCGGGUUCCAUCAAACGCGAAGACAUAUUCAAGCACUGGACGACGCAUUUGGACGAUGUGUUGCUGCAGUUUGUGGUACGGUUCCUCUGCCAUGAACCAGGCAAGAGGGUUACGACGGUCAACGGUGAAAAUUUCGGUCGGCUUUACGUCUUCGCCGUGCGUGGCAGUCCCGAGGAACGCACAAGUCUAAUCUUCGACGGUUUCGCGGAGGAAGAGCAGAAGUAUGAGAUGCCCACUCAAACAUUCCUUCAGUAUAUUCAAGCAACGAUCAACUCCUACUUGCGACUGCAAAAGAACUCCGGCAAUGCGUAUCAUCUCACCUGGAGCAGCAUCGGCUGCACCGUCAACACCAGGCGAAUAGGGAUGCGUUCUCGCAGUCUCUGCGAGGAGCUGAUAAAGUACGGAGAUGUGCUGACCAUCGAUCAAGUGGAGAAUUGGUUCAUGACAGCAGCAGCAGCGUUCAAGAAUAUUCAGUCGCACGUUUUUCAGUACCUCUAUUUAGUCUCCCAGAAGAAGGGUAGUGAUAAGAACACAGCUGCGCGGAUAAACGAUCUGAAUCUUUUGCCGUUGUGCAAAGGUUUGGAAAAUAUACCGCACUUCCCGAGUAUACUAGGCUUAGGUGAUGUUCUGUUCCUGAAUCUGAGUCUACCGCACGAGCUCCGUAACGAGUGGCGAUUUCUGUUCUCGAGCCAAGUGCACGGGGAAUCGUUCUCCACUAUGCUGGGCAGAAUCGCGAUGCAAGGCGCGACGAUAAUCAUACUACAAGACAUGGAUGACCACGUGUUCGGCGGCUUCGCCUCCGACAGCUGGAGACUGGGACCGAAUUUCAUAGGGAAUCAAACGUCGUUUCUGUUCAAGCUCGAGCCGGAUAUACUGACGUUUCCAUCGACGAAUUACAACAAUCACUAUCAGUAUCUCAAUCUCCAUCAACAAACGAUGCCUAACGGCCUGCUCAUGGGAGGGCAGUUUAAUUAUCCCGGCCUUUGGUUGGACUGCGAAUACGGCACCGGUAAAUCGAGCUUGUCAUGUACGACCUUUCAGAGUUAUGUACAACUUAGCGGUAGGGAAGAUUUUAAAAUCAAACAUUGCGAGGUGUGGGGGGUUGGCCCGGUGCCAGACGUGGAGGAGGACGUACGCGAGGUGAAAUCCGUGUUGAAUCAAGACCCGACGUCGAAGGUGAUGUUGGAACUUGCCGGUCGUAAAUUGUACAGCGAGGGGCUUCGCGAGGAACCGGAGUAAUUGUGAUAACGAAAUCUAGAGAUUUUUAUAGCAACUCGAGAAUGUUAGUAUUAAAGAUAUUUGCAGAUAUUUAAGAUCGAUCAAUCGAUUGACUUUGCGAAUAAAAUCGGUGUAAAAUCUAUUAUUGAUUCUGAUAAUUGUAAUGGAAUAUGCGGGUAUGAUAAACGUAUUAGAGAACUCACGGUUACGCAGUUUACGAUAUAAAAGAUUCGUGUAUCUUUGAAGUCGGUAAUAAAUCUGCGUAAUAAUGCUGCAAGAGACUUUUAAAACGCGUUAACAGAAACGAAUUACAUUACGAAAAUUUCCAUGGAGGUUUAUGAGUGAGAAAGUUCCGUCUGCCUGUAUGUGUGUGUAUAUAUGAGCGGUUUCUGUGUACACUUUUUACAAAUUUACGUAAGACUAUUUUUCUUUGUAAUUAAUUUAUCAAAAUAUAUCAGGACUUUUGUCCCCUCCUUCCCCCUUUUAUAACGGCCUGAUGUUUCUCGAUUCGCGAUUGUUUCUCCGGUCAUUCAAUUACACUUAUUGUAAUUUUGUUAUAUCUUAUAUAUGUGUAUUUAUGAAUUCAGCGCUAUGAUAUUAAUGCCAAUAUUGUUACGUGGCCUGAAUGCCUAUUGUCUAGUGCCUGACAAAUCGUUAUAACUGUUAAUUUAUCGUUCUCUGCGUAUGUUGAUUAUUCAUAAACGAAUAACCGUGUGCCAUACAAAAAUUGCUCUUGUUAACUAAUUAAGACUGUAUAAUCGUAUCGUCGUGUAUGAUAAA